UUACCCGGCAAUUCAUCAAACGAGCGGUGAAGGACGGCAGAAAAAUGCCGCGAUUCAAUCAGUCAACCUAGACGCCGAGCCCGGCGCGGCAAAGUGGGUGGAGCGGAGCCCUCUGCCUCCACGUACGUCGUCGUGAUGAUGAUGGCGGUGGGGAUGGCCUCAGCGCGCAAUUCCCUUUCUCGCUCUGGCGGUGGUGCAGGCGCGCGCCUUGUGAUGGGCGAUUCGCCCGCCGCCAGGGCCGCACACCAGCACGCUCACUCGGCUCUUCCAACUUGCAGUUGCCACGCACCACCUGAGAUCUUCGAAGCACUUCCAAUCGUCGCUCUUCGUAUUUUUUUUGCGUGCACGAUUGCUCGGCUGCUCCUUGAGGCGACGACCUACGCACACGCCACCCCUCAGUGUCUCCGUCGUUACGGACGCAGGCACCUGAUGCCUGACAUACGAGGUGAUCGGCAGCGGCGACCGGUGGUAUUAUUUGUCGUAGUUAAGUGCUGGCGCGAGACGAUGCUCAUGAAACCGUCGUGUACCUUGUCGUGUUCUUUGAACCGAGGAAAGGGAGUGACAAGGAACCGACCUAGGAAGGAACGAGUGCUUGAUUGCUCGCCUUGUCGCGUGCUUGUGUGUGUGAUUGUGUGUUCGUAUUCUACUACUACCAGUACCCUAUGUUACUCCUUCUGCUGUCUACUGCUGCCUUAGCCUGCCUUUUUGUUUGUCACCAUCAUCACACUGGCGCUACCCCCGUCUGACUGUGAAGCUCUAGCUUCUGCACAUCAAAGUCGUGUUGUCCUGUUGGUCUACCCAUCCAGAGAAGAAAAAAAGGGAAGGAAGAAGCCACACCAUAUUCAUCCCAUCCGCCCUGUCCAUCCAUCCAUUCCCCUUUUUCGCGAAUCGCAUAAUAAAAAAGCUUAAAUACUUUAACCGCCAGUCCAAAGCGUGUCAAAAAGAAAAAAGAGAGAAAAAUUCGGGCGUGCGUGCGCACGCCGUACAACAACGAAACGCCGCCGC